CAGCCCCGCGGCACCAUGCCCCGGGAAGCUGCACUCGGGGCCCUGGUGUCGCUGCUGCUGCUGCUGCUGCUGCCGCUGCCCCGCGGCGCCGGGGGGCUCGGGGAGCGCCCGGACGCCGCCUGGGACUACUCGGCGUUGGAAGGCGAAGAAGGCGCGGAGCAGCAGCUGGAGCAUUACCACGACCCGUGCAAAGCCGCUGUCUUUUGGGGAGACAUUGCCUUAGAUGAAGAUGACUUGAAGUUAUUUCACAUCAACAAAGCCAGAGACUGGACCAAGCAGUCAGUGGAGGAAACAGGACAUAGCACAGGUGGGCGUGGAGAGCAGCCAUCUGAGAACUGGCCGAACGCCACGGCCACGAACACCAGCGUCGAGGAGACUCGAAAGGAUGGCAAGGAGAAUGCCACGCUUCUGCACAGCCCUGGGACCUCGAAUGCUGCAGCCGAGUCCUCUCCCCGGGUCCGAAGAGCCACAACUUCAAGGACAGAGAGGAUAUGGCCCGGAGGAGUCAUCCCCUACGUCAUUGGAGGGAACUUCACCGGAAGCCAGAGGGCCAUUUUUAAGCAGGCCAUGAGACACUGGGAGAAGCACACCUGUGUGACCUUCAUAGAAAGGACCGAUGAGGAAAGCUUCAUUGUGUUCAGUUACAGGACCUGUGGCUGUUGCUCCUAUGUCGGGCGUCGAGGAGGAGGUCCGCAGGCCAUAUCCAUUGGGAAAAACUGUGACAAGUUCGGCAUUGUGGCUCAUGAGCUGGGCCACGUGGUUGGGUUUUGGCAUGAACACACCCGGCCAGACAGAGACCAGCACGUCACCAUUAUCAGAGAAAAUAUCCAGCCAGGUCAGGAGUAUAAUUUCUUAAAAAUGGAAGCUGGGGAAGUGAGCUCUCUGGGAGAGACGUACGACUUUGACAGCAUCAUGCACUACGCCCGGAACACCUUCUCAAGAGGAGUUUUCUUAGACACCAUCCUCCCCCGUCGAGAUGACAAUGGCGUCAGGCCAACCAUUGGCCAGCGUGUUCGGCUCAGUCAGGGAGACAUAGCUCAAGCCAGGAAGCUGUACAAAUGCCCAGCGUGUGGGGAGACCCUGCAGGACACAACAGGAAACUUUUCUGCACCUGGUUUCCCAAACGGCUACCCUUCCUAUUCCCACUGCGUCUGGAGGAUCUCAGUCACUCCGGGGGAAAAGAUCGUCUUAAACUUCACAUCCAUGGAUUUGUUUAAAAGCCGCCUGUGCUGGUACGAUUACGUGGAGGUCCGGGAUGGUUAUUGGAGAAAAGCCCCCCUGUUGGGCAGGUUUUGUGGCGACAAAGUCCCGGAGCCCCUCACCUCCACGGCCAGCCGGCUCUGGGUGGAGUUCCGCAGCAGCAGCAACAGCCUGGGCAAGGGCUUCUUCGCGGUGUACGAAGCUACAUGUGGCGGAGACAUUAACAAAGAUGCGGGUCAGAUUCAAUCUCCCAACUACCCAGAUGACUACAGACCUUCCAAGGAAUGCGUUUGGAGGAUUUCGGUUUCGGAGGGGUUUCACGUGGGACUUACCUUCCAAGCUUUUGAGAUCGAAAGGCAUGACAGCUGUGCAUAUGACUACCUGGAAAUCCGAGAUGGCCCCACGGAAGAGAGCGCCCUGAUUGGCCACUUCUGUGGCUACGAGAAGCCGGAGGAUGUGAAGUCGAGCUCCAACAGGCUGUGGAUGAAGUUUGUUUCUGAUGGCUCUAUCAAUAAAGCAGGCUUUGCAGCCAAUUUUUUCAAGGAGGUGGAUGAGUGUUCCUGGCCAGACCACGGCGGCUGUGAGCAUCGCUGUGUGAACACGCUGGGCAGCUACAAGUGCACCUGUGACCCAGGCUACGAGCUGGCUACCGAUAAGAAGACGUGCGAAGUGGCCUGUGGCGGUUUCAUUACCAAGCUGAAUGGAACCAUCACCAGCCCUGGGUGGCCAAAGGAGUAUCCCACGAACAAAAACUGUGUCUGGCAGGUGGUGGCCCCCGUUCAGUACCAGAUCUCCCUCCAGUUUGAAGUGUUUGAACUGGAAGGCAAUGACGUCUGUAAAUACGACUUCGUGGAGGUGCGCAGCGGCCUGUCCCCCGACGCCAGCCUGCACGGCAGGUUCUGUGGCUCCGAGACGCCCGAGGUCAUCACCUCUCAGAGCAACAACAUGCGUGUGGAGUUCAAGUCGGACAACACCGUCUCCAAACGCGGCUUCAGGGCCCACUUCUUCUCAGACAAGGAUGAGUGUGUCGAGGACAACGGUGGGUGUCAGCACGAGUGCAUCAACACGUUCGGGAGCUACCUGUGCCGCUGCAGGAACGGCUACCGGCUCCACGACAACGGGCACGACUGUAAAGAGGCUGGCUGUGCACACAAGAUCAGCAGUGCAGAGGGGACCCUGGAGAGCCCCAACUGGCCUGACAAAUACCCCAGCCGGAGGGAGUGUACCUGGAACAUCUCUUCCACCGCGGGCCACAGGGUGAAACUCGCCUUUAAUGAGUUCGAGAUCGAGCAGCACCAGGAAUGUGCCUAUGACCACCUGGAAAUGUACGACGGGCCCAACAGCCUGGCCCCCAUCCUGGGCCGUUUCUGCGGCAGCAAGAAACCAGACCCCAUGGUGGCUUCGGGCAGCAGCCUGUUUCUCAAGUUUUAUUCAGACGCCUCUGUGCAGAGGAAAGGUUUCCAGGCGGUGCACAGCACAGAGUGCGGGGGCAGGCUGAAGGCUGAAGUGCAGACCAAAGAGCUCUAUUCCCAUGCCCAGUUUGGGGACAACAACUACCCGAGCCAGGCCCGCUGCGACUGGGUGAUCGUGGCAGAGGACGGCUACGGAGUGGAGCUGAUCUUCCGGACCUUUGAGGUGGAGGAGGAGGCCGAAUGUGGCUAUGACUACAUGGAAGCCUACGACGGCUACGACAGCUCGGCGCCCAGGCUCGGCCGCUUCUGCGGCUCUGGGCCAUUGGAAGAAAUCUACUCUGCAGGGGAUUCCCUAAUGAUUCGAUUCCACACAGAUGAUACCAUCAGCAAGAAAGGCUUUCACGCCCGAUACACCAGCACCAAGUUCCAGGACGCUCUGCACAUGAAGAAAUAA